UUCACAGCCACGCGGCCCAUCCCUCACCCACCCCAUCGUUACCACUUUCCACUUCCGUCCUCCUUCACGGCUUCACUGCACAUCAUCUCCUUCCGAUGAAGACAAGCGUUGCCUGGAUUUAGGUAUAAAUCCGUUUCCCCAAUUUGCACUUCAUCUCCUUCGAACCCUUCUACAUCUUAUUACAGUGAGUCGUCUCCUUGUCAAUUUUGCAAACCAACUUUUACUUUCCUGGUUUCCUCUCAUACUAACCAUGGCUGAGUAGAAUCAGCAUGUUGCAAAUUUGCACUAGAUACUCAUUUGAGGAUUGACAUGAAUGACUAAUUCACUAUAGUUAGAAAAUGGAAUACUCCGUAUGAAGGUAGAUAAGAGCAACGACUGGAUGCUAUGGAGAUAUAAAGGGUGGGUGUGUUUUGUAUUUCCAGAGGGGGAUGUUUCUGGGCAGACUUUACAAGAUAACCUGUCCACCAAACCAUUUAACUGUGCAAUUUCAUCAUUUCUCAAAAACCCGAAAUGUGAAUAAGGUGAUCGUGUACCUUGAGAGAGCAAGGCUCAUCGAUUCUAUAAGACUUUGUCUUCGAUCGGACUCCACGGAGUCUCUAUCCGACCUCCUAAGGAACCCUUCUCUCGACUCGUUUGUAGUGACCAAUGCUAUUCGUUCAGCGCCGUCUCCCGAGUCUGCACUGUUUUUCGUUGAAUCCCUAAAAGAAAUUCCUCAUUUCUCACACACUACAAACUCCCUUUAUGCAUUGGCUAAGGUUCUCGCCAGAUCAGGGCAGAUGGGUAAACUCCAAGCCUUGAUAAAUGGUAUUAAUACAGGGAAGUUCACAAACGUUGCACGUGUUAGUUACAUGGAUCGUAUGCGAUGGUAUGCUGCUGCUGGAGAUCUUGAUGAGGUUAAUAACAUAUGGAUCGAAUGGAAGAGAACUUUGCAGAAGAAGCAUCCAUGUACAGAAUCUUACAACAUAAUUGUUGACCUUUGUGCCCAAAAGGGAAAGGAUUUUGAAGCUGUGAAGGUUUUUAAGGAGAUGAUAAAUGAUGGGGCACUUCCAAAUUCUAGAACGUACACUGUUAUAAUCAACCAUCUCGUGACAUCUGGGAAAUUCGAUUCAGCUGUCCAAGUUUUCAAGAUCUUGCCACAGAUGAGGAUAAAGCGCACAUCGAAGCAGUAUUCUGUCAUGGUUGGAGCAUUAAUUAGAAAUGAGCGGUUGGAUGAUGUUAAAGAUCUGCUUGAAGAAAUGAGGGCUGAUGGGAUAUUGCCAGGCCGGGCUAUGCAGUGGGCUUUUCAAAAAAUGCAGGAGUCAGGUUACGAUGGGAACAUCAAUGCACUGAUUGAAGAAAUGCUUCCUGACAGAAGGAUUAAGAGCAUUUCAUAUUGCAUAGGAGAUUCAAAUGAGGACAAUGACGAUGAAGAAAAUGAUGAAGAUGUUUCAGACCAAUUUCAAUUGAAGCCAUGGAUGGACCCUGCUGCUUUGGCUAGUGCCUUGCAGAAUUGGGAACCCGAUGAGGUGUCAACUUUGGAGGAUGCACAGUUUGUAUGGACAACCCGGCUAGUCAGCAAGAUGAUAAGAAACAUUAAGUGUGCAGAAACAGCUUGGGAUUUUUUUUGCUGGGUUGCUUAUCAACCGGGGUUUACUCAUGAUAGCUACACAGUGUCGAGGAUGAUUGCCAAGCUGGCCCGUCAAGGAUGUGUCCAUUUAGUUGAUAAACUUUUGUCCAAGAUGGAAAGAGAAGGGCUACAACUGUCAUUUAUCACACUCAAGUUAAUAAUUGAUUUUUAUGGGAUUUCUGGCAACAGUGAUGCUGCACUAAAGGUCUUCCGCAAUACAAAAACAGUGUGCGGUCCUAUUCCCAGAAACGGUUGGCUACUUCUGUAUUCAUCUCUUUUGAGGACAUUAGCGAAAUGCAAAAGGGAUGCUGCUGAUGUCAUCAUCAUACUUGAAGAGAUGAUUCUGCUUAAGAUUUUUCCGGACAGGCAAACAUAUUCUGGGCUGAUGCACCAUUUUGCACUUCAGGGGGAUAUCAGAACGGUCCAGACAUUGUUUGGGAUGGCAAGGCUGAGUGGGGUCGAGCCGGAUGGUUAUAUGUACAAGGUUGUCAUACAUGCAUAUUGCAAGUGUGAGAGGGCUUCUCUUGGACUGAGAGUUUUUGAGGAAAUGUGCAAUUAUGGACAACAAUUGGGUGAUUCUGCCACUAAAGACUUGCUUGUGAAGAGCCUUUGGAGAGAAGGGAAGCUCAGAGAGGCUGCCUCUGUGGAAGAGCGAAAUGAGGAGAUAAGCAAUGGUGCUUCUUUUGCUUUGCCAGGACACAUGUUCACCUUGAAUGCUUCGGACCUUGCAAGAGUUUAUGAGAUAUACUCUAGAAGUUUUGAGAACAAUGAACAAUUAUCCUUGGAUGUAAUUAUUGGUGGAUGAAGAGUAUAAUAAGGAGAUAAGUAAAAGACAUCAUUAAACUUGGCUCUUUAUAGCUUCAAUUUUGAUUGGGGCAACUUCUCUACAUUUAAUCUGCUCACUCAAACUGGACAGCCUUAAAUGCAUUUUAGAGACACCUGGCCAGAUUCCAAGGUGUCAUAACAAUUGUGGAUGUCGGGAUGGAAGUUAAUUGCAGGAGGCAUGGACUGGAGCACAUCUUACCCCCCUAUUUCUCGGGUUGAGAAUUUGCAUCUCUUUGGGGAGGGUGCACCUCCAGAUGCUACUUUUUUGCAGUUCAUCAGAUUGAGUUUUACAAGUUAAAACAAGCCAAAUCAAAUAUUCUUCGUGUUUCGAAAAAGAAGGGGUUCUUAUGACGGUGUAGGCAUCAGUGGCACUGCUCCUCUGGUAUCACAACAGAACAUAUGACCAAUUUGUUCUCCAACUUAAACAUGUUGGUGAGAUGAGCCACAUAUUCAUUAGAAGUCAAAAAUUGAAAAGUCUGGCUAUGUGUGACUUUUAUCAAGGCUUUGUGUUAGGUUUCUAUAGAAGAGUUGAAUUCAAGGGUUUUCAGCCUCACCAAGAUGGUUGAGAUUGUGUCUUUACCACAGCUGCUGGCAUUUGAAAUAAAGAAAAGAUUGUACGAGACAAACUUAUUGAAAGCGACGAAAAGCGAGAUUAUGCGCAUAGCCCAGUUGAGCGAUGGCUAUGCACCAGGCUUUUCAUAAGCGAUGGCGUGUGAGAAAGUGAAACUUUCUAUCACUUUCCCGGCUAGCGGUGAAGCGCAAAAGCGUUCGCUCUUCUGCGAUUCUCACUAAAAGCGGUCUUUGACCAGUCAACUAGUGUUAGUUUUUUUUUUGGAAAAAUUCACAUGAAUAAUCUCAACAGUCUUCCAAUAUUAAUCUCAAAUAUGCAUAAUUCUACAGUAAUCUAAAAUAUACGUAGUAUAAGUGGUCUUCUAUAAUUGAUCUCAGGCUACCAUCAACCUACUGAAUGGUGAAAGAAAAAGGAAAAUAAUGAACAGUUGUCCAAGAGCUUCUCUGCAGCCUGCAGGAGAGGACUAUGUAGUAAGCACACGUGCACAUGAAAUCAAGUAUAGAAUUAAUCAGAAGAUGGCUAUGAGGAAUAUGAAUUUCACAAUUAGUUUAAGCUUUAUCCAGAUAUGAUUGAUGUCAACUCUCCCACAUGUCAAGAGGCUUCCUUCUUCAAGUGAUACUGGAGAAUGGAGAUGAUGAUGAUAGAGUAGGACAGAAUUUCAAGGCGACUCAGAUGAGGAUGGAGGGGAUCCAUCUUUCGUUUCCUCGGAAGAGUUCUUCUGCCAAGUAUUGUGGGAAAUAAUACAUAAUCUGUACUCCAUUACAGUGAAUAAAACUUUCAGCUAUAAAGAUUUACAUCAAAAGCAUAGAGGCAGGGAGCUACAUCUGGUAUAUUGCUUAAUUUUAUGAUGAAUGUUUUCUCACUUUGUGCCCCAUUAGUAUUACUCUUUAUGACUAGUUACACACUUUUGGCUUAAUUAUGCAUUAUAUAUAUUUUAUU